AUGCUCACCUGCACUUUCGGUUACCCUGUUCCAAACAGAACUCGGUACACAAAAGUGUCUCCCACCAUUCUGGGAGACGAUGAUCUGGCAGAAGUCAAUGAUGAGGCUACAGAGCGUCAAGUCUGGUUGAGCAUCAAGUGCACACCUGCUCUGCCACACUGUUUGCUGUAUGAAAAGGGGGCUGGAUCAGAACAGGACAAAAUCGUCCUGAUCUCACCAUCACAAACAGGAAGCCACAAUUGCGUCAAGGACAGCAAACGAGGUUUUCAGCUGCACCCUACUUGCAGCAACUGGCUGUCCAAUGCAUUCACCACAAACAGCAGCCAUCAGCUUAACACGGUCACAGAAACUCACAUCGUUUGGGCCAGCGUGCAAAGUGGCAGCUUCUACUUCGGAGCAGAUAGUCUGGUCCUCGUCAUGAACAGGAUAUCUCCCAAUAUGGCUGCCGAUCCCAUGUCAUCACGAGCAUCAUUCUUCGGAGACGGCUUCGUGGAGAUGCCCUUGGUGAAAACGUACGCCACUGUCCAACUCCAUGUGCAGUUCUACACCAGCCAGCGGAGCGGCCUCCUGUUCUUAGCUGCGGGGCAGACAGACUACCUCCUGCUGGAACUCCGCGGGGGCAUGCUACAGGCGAGACUAGACUUAGGUUCUGAGGAACUGACGGUCAAGUCCCCAGCGGGGCCGCAGCUCAAUAACCUCGUGAUCCACGACGCCGAUCUGCUGGUGGCCGACGGGCGGAUGUCCUUGACUGUGGACGGCCUCUUCAAUGCCUCCGUGGCGCUCCCGGCUCCUCCGAAUCAACUGGACAUCGAUUACGGCCUCUACGUGGGAGGGACGGGGAGUCUGGAGCUGCCGUACCUCACCGGAGCGAGUCUGCCCUUUAGGGGCUGCCUCCACGCCGUGACGUUCAACGACCACGAUGUCCUCUCCGCCCUGGCGUCCCGCUCCGGUGCCAGGAGAGUCCAUGGCGUCCGAGAGGGGUGCAGCGAGGAAUUCUCCGCUGGGCCUGAUGACCCCUUGGGCUUUUUGGGGCCAGAUUCUUAUAUUGCAUUCCCCAGUUGGAGCGCAAGAGCGGAAGGAACCAUUGAGUUUGUGGUCACCACCAGCGUGAAGCAGGCGCCCCUGAUUUACCAGUCGGGGCUGCAGAACGACUUCUUCUACCUGGAGAUCUUCGAUGGGCGCCUGAGGGGCGUGGUGGAGAAAGGGAACGGGCCCGUCGUGCUGCACAACAACAUCUACCUCAGCAACGAGCAGGAGCACUACGUCAAGGUCCACAUGGACGUCCGCCGGUUCGAGAUCCUCGUGGACUACUACGCCUCGCAGACCUCCAACAAGGGGAUCCACAACUACCUCGACCUCCAAGGGCCGCUCUUUGUCGGCGGCCUGAGCGAGAAGGCCGCCAGCCGGUUGAGGGAGCGCCGACUGGCUUUUGCCUCAGGGAACGGCUUCUCCAACAGCUCCUUCGUGGGGUGCAUGGAGGAUCUGAGGGUAAACCUGGAGAAGAGAAGCCUCCGCGACGCUCUCGUCACCCAGGACAUGACAGCCGGCUGCGGGAUGCUGGAGCAAUUCGCGGAAUACGACGACGCGUACGAGCAGGAUGAAGCUCCCAAGAGCCCUCCUCCGGAUUAUUGGCAGGGUCCGAUUGUGGAACCCUGUCACCCAGACCCCAACCUCCCCCCGGUCUUUGCUAACUUCACCAAACUUUUGCAUGUCAGCCCGUUGGUCAUUGCCGAAGGGGGCACUGCUUUCCUGGAGUGGCGGCACACCCAGCCGACCAUCGAUCUCAGCAGCGCUAAUAUCAGGCAGUCUCAGGUUCUCCUCAAAGUCACCUCAGAUCCACGCCAUGGCCAGCUGGAGCUGGACGUCUUCAGCGCCAGGAACAGAAGGAAGUUUACUCUGUUGGACAUCGUGAACCGGAAAGUCAAGUAUGUCCACGAUGGCUCCGAAGGGCCCAUGGACCAGGUGUUGCUGGAGGUGACGGUCACCUCCAGGAGAGGGGUUCCGGAGUGCUUGUGGCAGGGCCAGAUAUAUCUGCUUCCCAUAAAGAUCAACCCAGUCAACGAUGCCCCUGAAGUCGUCUUUCCGCACGGAGACCUCAUGGUCAUUCUGGAGCACACGCGCAAGGUCCUCGGCCCAGACAUCAUCCAAGCCCUCGAUGACGACACCCCUUGUGAUAGCUUGCGGUUCCAGCUGCUUGGUGGGAAGAGAAUGGAAGAAGGUUACGUGGAGUACGACUUCAGUCCUGGAGUCCCGAUUGAGGAGUUCUCCUGCAGGGAUUUGGAAGCGGGCCACGUGGUGUACGUCCACCAAAAUGGGCCUACGUCGCCGCUCAUUUUCCAGGUCAACGACGGCAUGGUCAUGAGUCCGGUAGCUACCUUGAGGGUGGUGGCCAUGGAGCCUGACAUCCAGGUACGCAACAACACGGGCCUCGUUGUCUCACAAGGGGGGGUCGUUCCGAUCACUACAGCCAACCUCUCUGUAGAAACCAAUGCAGUCCAACAAAAAGUGCCCAUCCUGUAUCAGCUGACCGCACCCCUCCAGUAUGGCGAGAUCCAAAAGCAAGGGGUCGUGGGUGGGGAAUGGAAGGCCGUUGAGUCGUUCCACCAGCAAGAGGUCGAGCAAGGGCGCGUCCAGUAUUUCAGCACAGAUGCCGAGCUCCUCGCAGAAGACGUGAUUGAGAAGGUCCGUUUUGUGGUCCAAGUAGGCCAGAAGACCCUGAGGAACAACACGUUCCUCAUCAGGAUCAAGAGGGCCACCAUCAGGAUGAAGACGAUGGUCCCGCUCCAGAUGAGGAAUGAGAGGCAGAGGAACAUCACUGCCGCUGAACUGGGGGCGGUUCUAGAGGAGGCGGGUUCCGGCCCGGUGUUUUUCCACUACCUGAUCGUUCAACCACCCAAAAAGGGGAACCUCGAACUCCAGGGCAGUAGGCUGACCGAGGGCUUUGGUUUUACACAAGAGGAUCUGCAAAGCCAUCGCCUUAGCUACGCCGCGACCAUCCGAGACUCGAAGGAGAGCGAAGACUUCUUCCAGUUCCGUGUCAUGGCAGAGGAGCACUACUCGCCCGUAUACACUUACACGAUACAUGUCGGGGGAGAUCCAGACGCCCCUACACUGACCAAUGUCCUUUUGUCCGUUUUAGAGGGAGGGCAAGCCGUAAUUUCCAAGGACCAUUUGUUUGUCAAGACCGUGAACAGUAUGGACUAUAUGUACGAGGUGAUAGAGGGUCCGACACACGGGAAGCUGAUCUGGAGAACCUCAGGGAACUGGCCCUCCAGCCAGGAGUCGGUGACCAAGUUCACCAACGAAGACAUCCUCCGAGGCCGUCUUGUGUACCAGCAUGAUGACUCCGAGACCCUGGAGGACGACAUCCCCUUUGUGGCCAUCAGACAAGACGAGGGGAGCUUGGAUUCGGAUGCCGAGGAAGUGAGGGGUGUCUUCAGGGUCUCCAUUCAGCCCGUGAAUGACCACACGCCAGUCCAGGUGGUGAACAAGGUCUUCAACGUGGUGCGUCACGGGCAGCGCUUGCUGACCACCGAUGACAUCGCCUUUGUUGACAAGGACUCGGGCUUCUCGGACACGCAACUGGUGUUGGUGAGGAAGGACAUUCUCUUCGGCAGCAUAAUCGCCGUGGACAACAGAAGCCUCCAGGUGUACCGUUUCACUCAGGACGACCUGAGGAAGAAGAAGAUCCUCUUUGUCCAUUCAGGGGCUGACCGAGGCUGGAUCCAGUUCCAGGUCUCCGAUGGCCUCCACCAGACCGCCACGCUUCUGGAAGUGCAGGCCUCUGACCCGUAUCUCAAAAUCGAGAACCACACCGGCUUAGUCGUCCGCCAAGGUGGCCAAAGGACCAUUGACUCUUCCGUCCUCAGCUUGGAAACCAACAUGGACAUCAGGAACGACGAAGACAUCCUCUUUCGCAUUGUAGCCCCGCCCCAAUGGGGAGUGGUCCUUCGUGGGGGUCAGGAGGUGUCAUUCUUCACUCAGAAAGACCUGCUGUCGGGAGAAGUGGUUUACCAGCACAAUGGGAGCAAAAACUCCCAGGAUAGGAUCCAUUUCUCUGUGGAAGUAAAUCAGGUGGUCGUGGAAGGUACACUGAAUGUCGCAGUAUCCCUGGAGUCCCAGACUAGCCCGCUCAACUUCGUUCAUCACGAGAGGAUCCACAUCCCCCAAGGAGAAGCAGUGGAGAUCAAGAACGACUAUCUGCUGGUCCAACAUGAGGACAUCCCUCCCCAGGAGAUAGUUUACACGGUCACCGUCCCUCCCCUCUCAGGGUUCCUCGUGGCCCUGUCUGAGGGCCCAACCUCAGAAGAACCCCCGAAUCUGGAUCCCAUCCAGUCCUUCACCCAAGAAGACAUCGACGAGGGCAAAGUCCUGUACCUCCACUCCAACCCAGAGAUCCAGAGCGACCAGUUCACCGUGGACAUCACGGCUAACGGGGCAGACACCCUGGAGGGGGUCGUGGUGUCUCUGGAGAUCCUCCCAAUCUCGAUUCCUCUGGAGGUCCACAACGUCACCGUCGUGGAAGGGGGCGCCAAGGCCAUCUCCAUGGAGGUCCUCAACAUCCCCAGCACGUACUUCUCCGCUCUCAAUGUCGAGUUUGUGGUUCUUCAAGGUCCCGAGCAUGGAACUCUCCAGAAUACGGAGAGACCCGAAGAGGUCAACCUGCGAGGGUUCUCCUGGUUCGAGGUAGAGCAGCAGCUCAUUCAGUACGUGCACGACGGCAGUGAAUCCUUCACGGACGGCUUCACGGUGGUGGCCAACGUCUCCGAGGUCAACCAGCAGAGCCAACCGAGGAGGGUCUCCAUCGAGGUGAUCCCAAGCAACGACGAGGCGCCGGUGGUGUUGGUCAACGGAGAACUCCAGAUGCCCGAAGGCGGCACAGCCGAAAUUACUACCGAGCUGCUCCGAACCGAAGAUGAAGAUACGCCCCCGGAGGACGUGGUCUAUUCCAUCAGGACCCCGGUCAACGGGAGAGUCGUGCUGAAGUCGUCGCCCCAAAACACAGCCCUGCGCUUCUCUCAGGCCCAGAUAAACAGCCGGCUCGUUCAGUUCAUCCACGAAGGACCCCUGGAAGGAGGGUUUUCUUUCGAUGUAUCUGACGGAGAGAACAUGUCCCCCGGACACUUCUUCUCUGUGAGAGCCCAGAAGCAGACAGCCAUCACUUUGGAAAACAAGCAAGACUUAACCGUUUGUCCAGGCUCUCAACAGCCAAUCACGAGCCAGAACUUGAAAGCCGCGGCCAGUGACGAGGUGGAGACUCGGUCCAUCGUCUACAUCAUCGAACAGCCCCCGAAGUUCGGCAGGUUGGUGAACGGCCAGGAGGGCGGCGAUGGAGGGAACCUGAAGAACUUUACCCAGGAGGAGGUGGAUAACGGAGAGAUCUUCUAUCAGCACGAAAUGCCCGACCAACCUUUCUGGCUGCUCGAAGAUUCCCUUCACUUCCGGAUUUCGUCUCCGUCCACCACCACGGACCCUUAUAUCCUCCGUCUCUCGGUCCCAUUCGAAACCACCUGUCCCCAGCGCGCCACUCAGCUGUGGAGAAACAAAGGUCUCACAGUUCCAGAGGCCCAAAAUGCGGUCAUUGACACCUCUGUGUUGGACGCCUCUAACCUCCUCGCCAAAGAACCCGAGUUCAGGAGAGCGGAGUACGAUGUGAUAUUCCUCGUUACGGAGCUACCCCAUCAUGGGAGCUUGUCCUUACCCGACGGGCCAGUCAAUCGAAAGCAUCCCUAUUUCCUGCAAUCCGACCUGACGGAAGGUGGUUUGGAGUAUGCGCACCAUGGGUCUAGUACCCUUGAUGACCAUUUCAGAUUUGAUGCUUGGCUCCGGCGUGUUGACGUGGGAUCCCUUCAGCCUCCGCAGAAAGGAGAAGGACUCGUCCUUUCUGGAACAUUCAAUGUAACGGUCAGGGAUACCAAUGAGAUGCCCCCUCAGCUGGUCAGCCAAGGAGGAACGCUACAGGUCCUCCACAAUUCUCCCAUGAUGCUCUCUCAAGAACACUUGAACGCCAUGGAUCCUGACAGCUCCCCGGAUGAAAUCAACUACGAGGUCCUCCCUGGGUCUUCUGGUGGCUUUGUGGCAAGCGUACGUAAUAAGCAAGUACCUCUAACCCAGUUUACCCAAGCAGAUAUCAACAACGGGCAGCUAAUGUUCAUUGCCAACGGGACUAACUCUCCUGGGACCUUGGACCUUUCCAUCUCUGAUGGACACAAUCCGUCCAUCUUCACCUCUCUGGAAGUCAUGAUUCUUCCAGCGACCACGUGGGCAACCAACCAGACACCCUUGGAGAUAGCCCAGGAGGUAAAUAUGGCCUCAUUAUCCCAAGGUCACCUUCUAGGAGCUUCAGCCCAAGGAGGGCAAGACACUUUCUAUAGACUUAUCCGGGAUCCGCAGUUUGGUCAACUCAGGGUCAAUCAAAACCCGGCAAGAGACUUCUCGCAUAAGCAGGUGGACAAUGGGGAAGUGACUUUCACAUUCACCGAUUUCACCUCCCCCAAAGAUGAGUUCCAGUUCAUCGCAACAUCAGGAGGAGUCAAUAUAUCGGGGACAGUGAACGUAACAGUCAAGGCCUUGGUCAAAACUCAGGAGGACAUCCUUUGGCCCAGGGGAGCCACCGUCGCACUUGACACCAGCGUCCUUGACGCGAGCGAGUUGGCCAACAAGACCAAGAGCAUUCCGGUCUUCAAGAUCCUCCGAGCUCCGCAAGAUAGUCAUUUUGUGAAAGUCCCGAGAGACAAGGGGGAUCAUCCCAUCUCCAUCGAUGCCUUCAAUCAGCAUGACCUUGAGAGAGGGUUGGUGGCAUUAGAAAUCUGGGACGCAGAAGACUCGGGGACAGAUCUGCAGCGAGAUAGCUUCCAGUUCGAACUAGUGGCCGAGGGAGUGCCCCCCGCUAUGGAGUCCGUGACGUACACCACGGAGGCCUUCAACGCCUCGGCGACAUACAGAGCGACGCUGCUCCACGUGCCCGGUCUUCAAGACAACAGCCGCAGCCCGACCACCCAAAGCAUCACACCUUCUUCCCAGACACUUACAAGCUGGCCACAAGGGACAGAGACCCCUGGGCAUAGCUCCAGCAAGCCACCCACGCUUCCAACUGCACGGGCGGGCCAUGGUGUAACGACCAGCGCUUCUCCGACAGAACGAGGCACCCUCCUCGGUUUCAUCGAAGCCAACAUGUUCAGCAUCAUCCUACCCAUCUGCCUCAUCCUCUUGCUGCUGGCCCUGAUCCUGCCCUUGCUCUUCUACCUACACAAGCGUAACAAGACCGGCAAGCACAACGUCCAGGGGACGCCCCCCAAAUACAAGAACGGGACCGUGGGGGACCAGGAGACCUUCCGCAAGACGGACCCUAACCAAGCCAUUCCGUUGAUGACCGUCAACACGCUGGAGGCCAAAGGGCCCACCUCUAAAGGACCAGGAGGGCAGCAGGAUCCAGAACUGCUCCAGUAUUGUAGGACAUCCAACCCGGCUUUAAAAAACAGUCAGUACUGGGUCUGAGCACUGGAGUCAGGGACUCGGAAUGUCUAUCUUCAAAUGGAGAAGCAUCGUCUCGUGGACUUUCUAAGGGUCUUCUCACCUCCAUCUUCUUUAUCUUUGCCCUCCUUUUU